UCAGCCCCAAUGGUCAGCCCUCAGCCACUCGACAGUCUUCUCCGCCGUCUGCCGGUCCUGUAGGUAAGUAGAGAGAGAGAAUGGAUGACACACACACAACACAACACAACACAGCCAGCGAGAGAAAGAGAGCGAGCCGACAGAAUGUUUGCUGUGUGUGUGUGGAUACAUAAUGUUUGAUCGACUGACUGACUGACCGACCCCCUGCAGCUGUCUGACUGCCGUCAGGGCCUCACGGAGCCGGUCGUCCAUGGCGAAGGGGUUGGUCUGUACAUGCACACACACACACACACACAUUUCCAUCAACCCGAGACCAAUCACUGCACCCAACAGAUUCUCAGCGAGGAUACCUCUGCCAAGAGCACCAGAUGUACCAACAACAGGCCGACUGCGGAUCCGUACACACACAGGAUGGCGAUGUCUGCCUUGGCUGCUGCGUCGUCGGUCAGGCGCGAGAAGCCACACUGGAACCAGCGCCGGCUCUUUGCUCCAUCCCCACGCCCGCCCCCAGUCGCAGGCGCAGCUGCAGCCGCAGCCGCAGCAGUUGAUGCACCUGCCGCCCCCUGAUCCGACACGACAAUGGUGGAAUGCCCAGCCGCAGCCGGCAGUCAGAGAGUAUCCCCUAUAACUGCCAGAGAGUAUCCCUUAUCACUGCAACACAACACAACACAACACAACACAACAAAGGCAGCGUCCAUCCAUGCAUCCAUCUAUCCAUCUAUCUGUGUGUACCGAUAUGGCAACGAGUCACGCCGGCGCUCCUCCCGACACUCAACCAUCCACCUGCACACACACAUUCUCUCUCUCUCUCUCUCUCUUUUGUCAUUCGUCUGUUGUUUGUCUGUUUGUUUGUUUGUUUGUUGUCGUCACUAUCAGACUGCCUGACUCACCUGUUCCACUGCCUGUGGUGGUGGCUAGACAGGAGCUCCUCUGUCAACGGACCUGACAGACAGACCACAGUGGGUGCAUUCAUUCUCCAUCCAUCCAUAUCUCUCUCCCUCAGGCUGAGGCUCUCUCCGUUUCUCACCACUGCCGCUGUCGUGAUCCUGGUCAGACUGCUGUCGGUGGCCAAUGACGUGGCGCCCUGCCGGCCAGCCCACUCGUCCAUCAAUGGCCAUGCGGCCAGCUCCGCGUGGCGGGGCCGAGGGUCUCGUCGCAGGGCCGAGGGCGGCCGGAUGAGGGUGCUGCAAUGGUCUCAU